CAAGAUGGCGGCGGUGUAACUUGUUCGUUGGAAAACAAUAGAAGAGGCGCAGAGGGACUCUUAUCCCACUGUUUCCCAGGAAUUCGCUCCCAAAUAGUUCAUCUCGGACGUGGGCUCAGCCGAGGGAAAGAUUAUCCUUGGGUGUAACUCUGGGGAGAUAGUUUUAAAGUAUGAUGGUUCAUUUAAACGUUUCAGGCUAGCUAUCUUGCUAGCUAGCCGAACCCCAAACAGCGUUAAUAGCUAGCGGCUAACGGCUAGCGGGAGGAUCAGCUGUUCGGAGGACAGAUGCUGGGACAGAUGCUGUAGGAGAGCGGACAGCAGCACUCUCACAUGAGUGUGACUGAAGGCCGUUAGCAGCACAAAGGCCGCCUCCAUGGAGCCAGCACCGGAGUCUUUGUAAAGGGUGAGGGGGGGUGUAGACGCCAGAUUCAGCAAUAUAUGGACGAAACCUGAGCCGGGAGUUUACUGCAAGGCUUUAUUGAUGAUGGCGGAUUUUGUUACACCGCGACGCAGCGAGGUGAUGGAGCGGCUCCGCCGGAGGAUCGAGCAGUUCCGGCAGCAUCACAACAACUGCGAGGAGCGCUACUUGGCCGCGAUGAUGGAGCGGCAGGAGAUGGACCGGCAACAGACCUACGCCCUGCACCAGCGCUGCCUGCAGUCCAAAGCCAAGCGGUCCAACAAGCACCGGCAGCACCAGCCCAGCGGCGACCAGGCCGGGCAGAGAGCGCCGGGAGGCGGAGGCGGAGGAGGAACCGGCGGGGAGCACGGGGAGAGCGGGGUGACGACGGGCGAGCAGAGCAGGAGCAGCACCCUGGAGACUCUAAAGAGGAAGCUGGAGAGCCUCAGUCCCCCUGACCUGCGAGGACAGGUCAACAGUUAUGAAAGCUUCCCGUCGAGCCAGAAAGGCUGCCAGGACAACAGCGCUACCGCCGGUUCCCCGCUCGACUCCAAGCCAGAUAUCAGCAACUCUAACGGGCCCAUGUGCGAGUCAGCGGACGGUGGCAGAGAGCCGGGUCCAGACUUCCAUCCAAAAGAGAUGAAGCAGGAGCCAGACGACAUCCUCCCCAUCAUGCCACCCCCGGUUGGCAACAACAGCCUGUUCCCUGAACUGAACGAACAGGAGUGGACAGAGCUGAUGGAGGAGCUGAACUUCCCUGUGGACUACGAAGACAUCCAGGAGAUCCUCAACGAUGGCUUUGAGGACCGCAAAGACCCUCUGGAACUGGCAGCCACUCAGGUUGGUGGUGGUGCUGUCGGGGGAGGGGCAGGAGGGGGGGGACAGUCUUCCCAGGGUUUACUUCCUCCAGAUUUGGUGAGCGUGAAGGCGGAGUUUUCCCCACCCUCUGCCGUCUUUGAGCAGGAUUCUCGCACUGGCUCCCCCCAAGUCAGAUCCACGCCUUCCGGGACUGCUCCUCCUCAUCCCACUAGCUCCCCUGUAGCCUCCUCCUCUGCCUCUUCCCCAGCUCUUCCCACCUCCCAGCCUGCUCCUCCCAGGCAAAUCCAGCCUCCACCCAACCACCUCCUCCCUCAGGGGCCCAAAGACUUGUCCCCUGCCCAGCAGCUCCAGGAACUGGCUGUCCGGCAGCAGAGAGUCCAGCACCUCCACAGACAUAUGCAGCAGCAGCAGCAGCAGCAGCAGCCAGGAGCCAAGUUCACCAACCACCCCAACCACCCCUCUCCAUGGUCCCAGAUGCCCAAUACCUCUCAAAGCUCACAAGCGAGUGCAUUUGGUAUGGACAAAUCCACAAGUAACUCCCUUUACUCACAGGAUUUCAAUCCCAAUGCCCAGAAGCAGCUGGUGAUAUCCAGUCAGCCCAACAAGGCCUCUCCAAAGGCGGGUGCCAGCUUCAUGCCGGGCUCCGCCGGACACCCCAACAUGCUGGGUCACCCGACUUCAGGGCCGCCUCUCAGCCACGCGCCGGCAGCAGGUGCUCAGGCCCCGGCCGUCAUGCUGAACUACAACAACACCAAACCUCUGUCGCACUAUGAGGCGGGGCCCGGACCACCGCGACCCACUAACCAGAACCAGAAGGUGGGCCUGCUUUCACUCAUCCAGCAGCAGUGCCGCAAAGAGAAGCCCUACCGGCCUCAUAUGCCACACCCACAGGAUCAGAAUGGCUACCCCGCUCCUCCACACGGCCCGGGGCCCACAAACGCCAUGACGUCCAAGCCUGGAAACAACGCCAUGCCGGGUAACCACGGUAACGCAUACAUGACCAGUAAAGAGGCAGCAGCGAGGAAACAACAGCAACAACAUCAUCAGCAGCAGAUCCUGGAGCAGCAGAAACAGCAGCAGUACAUUCAGAGGCAGCAGCAGAUUUUAGCCGAACAGGAGAAGCAGCGGCAGCGACACCUGACCCGACCUCCUCCACAGUACCAGGACCAGUCGGGAACAACGGCCAAUCAGAACCCUUACCCACAGCAGCCGGCAAACCAGUUUACAGCUUCCUCUCAGCCAAUGGGCAGUGUCAGCUCCAUGGGAGGCCCCGCCCCCGGGUCCCGUAUGUUCCCUCAGAACCAGGGCAUGAUGAGCAUGAACAUGGGUCAGGGUGGUGGUCCAGCAGGUGGCGUAGCCCCGCCCCCAACAGUGAGUCAGGCUGACAUUAGUCAGGGGGGUGGAGCCGGCGUGGACGUCCUCUACAACACCAUGAGCAUGCACCCCAACCACCUGGCCCAGCAACCCAGUCUGCAGCGCCAGACGUCUCUGAACACCACCAUGAGCGCUCCAUACGGGCACAACCUCCUGCCUCAGCAGCAGCACCUGAAGACGCCGCCCAAUGCAGCUAUGUUGAAGCAGCCUCAUGUGGCCGGAGCUGCCCGUCUCCCGGCCUCCAUGCAGGGCAACAUGGGGGGCGGCAUGCCGGGCGGUCAGAGCACCGCCUGGCAGCAGCAGCUCGUCAACCAGCCGCCUUCCAGUAAUGCAGGCCUGUCCUUCAGCGCCCCCCCCAAUGCCUUCCACAUGCCGCCGCAGCAGCAGCCUUGCAUUCCCAAGAUGCCAUCCGGCUCUGCCCCCUUUGGAGGCAACCCAGGUGGACGUCCAAUGGGUGGUCUGAAUCCCGGACAACAAAUGAUGCAGACAAACAUGGCAGCACCCCAGCAGAGGGCACUGCCCAACCCCCAAAGACAGGGCCAGCCAAUGACCAAUCAGCAGCAGGGCCCCCAGAACCAGGCCGUACUCCCCAACCUGGCAGCGUUCGGACAGCCGCAAGGCAACGGUCGCCAGGGACUACAGUGUAACCAAGGAUACCAGGUGAGCCAAACAGUGAGUCAGCAGCAGCAUCAGGUGUCAUUCGGAUACAACGUGGCAUCGGGGAGUUUCCCCGCGGAGAGCGACCUGGUGGACUCGCUGCUGAAAGGACAGAACACGCAGGAGUGGAUGGCCGACCUGGACGAACUGCUCGCCAACCACCACUAGUCUCACACACGCAUGCACACACACAAAGCCUGCAGAGUGAGCUGCCGACCACUUCCUGCUGCCGCCACGUGUUAGCGUUAGUCGCAGAAGGCUGGCGACUGCGUCACGUUCUCACGCUGUCAGAGAGAAGCCUGUCAGCACCGCACACGCACAGACUGGCCGUUGAAUCGUUGCGGCACGAUGAAGAAACACAAAGUGUUCAGAACUCCUGUAAGAGGCCACAUUCCUGCUCGGAGGCUCUGCAAUUCAGCUGAGUCAGCUGAUCCGUGCAGCUGAGCUCCUCCGGGGUUUCCCACAGAUCAGACUGAAUUCACGGGUGGGAACACCACACUUUCUUCAUUAGAUCAAUAAAUAUUUAAAUAAUAGAGUAAGAAAACCAGCUGCCUUUCCAGGAAGUUCCUCAUCCCGCUGUUCGGACUGCAGCUGGCUGUCCUCUUGCUCUGGAGCCGCGGUGACCUCGCUAAACCUGCUUCAGGUUCAAGGUGGCAUGACCUCCCAGCUCACCGCAGCUUCAGAACAUCUGCCCACAUCAGCGGUGAUCCGCAGGCAUCCAUAUGAGAUGAGGUGAUGGAGUCUCUGGAAAGCAGCUGAGCGAGUCUGUGGGAAACACGACAGGAAUGGCUGGGGCAGUGACUGACCUUUCAAAAUAAGAGUGAUGGGAUAGUCCACUAUGAAACUGAUCGUAUUGUCAUUUUGAGUGAAAAUUGUCGUUAAACAUCUCCACGCGGUCCUCGAAAGCUCUGUUCAGAAAAGCAGAUUACCGAAGCGCUCGGUGUGUAAAAACACUCCUGGUAGAAAAGUCCUCAAAAAAAACAUUAAAAAAAUUACUGUUGCAGUCCUGACAUCAGCUUCCAUUCUGGACUUGGAUGCACUAUACAAAUAAAACCAGUUUAAAAAUGCAGAUUGGGGUAAAAAAAAAGUGGACUUAAUAACUUCUUAAAUAUUAAUAUUGGUUCUAAAACGAUCGCCACCUUCUUUUAAGCUGCUGUCAUCCUUGCAGGAUGGCACUAAUCAGCUUCUGUCCUCAAACUUUCUAAAUUUAUGGAAUGAAAUGAGCACACAGCAGGCGUGUUUGGGCCUAAUCUGGGCUAACUUUGGCACAACAGGGACAGAUGCUGAUUUUCAGAGUCAGGUGUGGGCCAAACAUUGGCUGCUGUGUGGUGUUCGACCUUUUAUUGCACAUUUGGAGGACAUUACGUGAUAAACAUCACAGCAUAUCUGCUAAUGAACAGGACAAGAACUAACUGGCGCUCCGAGAGCAGCCAGACGAGAUUCAGGUCAAAGCCUGAAAAACACACCACCUGAUACUGGAUCAGCUGUUUUUAAAGGAAAUGAAAUCAGAGCGUUGAAGCUCGGUUUAAUUUUUCCCCAUAUAAAGACUGAAAGUGUUUGUGACCCUUUGCCUGAAGGUUUCCUGAUUGUUGUGAAGUAGCCUGAACUGAUUAAACUGGUUUCUGAGACUUUCUGUUCUCUUCCACCAGGAGUGUAAAUCUAAACACCUGCACACGAGUCAACGGUAAACACAAACAAACUGUGUGCACGCACAAAAACAGCAGUAAGAUUACUACUGAACCCGCAGUCCUUGCCUUCGACCGCCACGUUAGCAUUAAGUCACAUUAAAGGACCAUCCCUCUGUUUUUUUUUGUUUUGUUUUGUUUUUUUUGGGGGGGGGGGUCAGCUGGAUGUCUGUUUUGUUUUUUUUUUAUUUUUAGGACUGAAUCAACAUGUUUGUUUAUGGUUUUACAGCUCGAGCCGGGUGAUUUUCAUACUGUAGGGAAAUUAUUUUCUCCAUAAACAUUUAAAUAACUUAACAAUAGCGCUUUCUUUGUUUAGGUAAAUGAGCUGCUGGUAUAUUGAGCCUUUUUCCCCCCCUAUGGAAUGCCAUUUGAGGCCAGCUGGUUGUUGGAGGCUCACAGAUAUUCCAGCAGAUUUCAUAAAUCGAGGAAAAAAACAGAGAAAUGGUCCUUUAAAAACGUAACAAGCCGCCGGGAAAUGAGCAGCAGGAAUCGGAAAGUUUCUGUCACGGAGUCCAGUACUUGAACCUCCAGGUGAAUGCGCAGAGUCCAAACAAACAGGCGCACUGAACCGCGAUGCCUUUAAGUCACUCAUAAUGUUAUUCUGUGAUUCAGCCUGACGAGAACCUGCAGAGAAAUCAUCCAUCGCCUCCUCUAAAGCUGUGUUUGAGCAGAAAAACAUGGAAAACAUAGGAAACUUGUGCCCUUUAAUGAGGACAUUUUGCCCUGUGUGUGGUCUGACAGACAGUGGUCUGACAGACAGUGGUCUGACAGACAGUGGUCUGACAGACAGUGGUCUGACAGACAGUGGUCUGAAGGCUGAUAGAAAAGCCUGAGAGUCCAAAUUCAGAGUAAAAUGCCCCGUCAGUCCUUUUAUUUAAGGCAGAAUUCAAGUAAAAAUAGUUUUCACCCACGUCUUACACCUGCUUCAUAUGUAUAAGAAAAUUUGGCCUCGGGAUUUAGAUCCCACUGUUCUCACCUGGAUGUGAUUUAAGAUAGAAAUAUAAAGUGAAUAAAAAGAAAAUCGAAACAUUUCCAUGUGAUAGUUUGACGCUUUGUUUUAAGAUAGAAAUUUAAUGUGAACUAAACAUCCCUGCAGUCGUUGGGCUCGGUCAGGUUUCUCAGACUCCGUGCUGGGGACGCGGCGUUGGCGUUCCUGUCAUUCAGAGACUUCAAGCUGCGUCAUCUGCAUUUGAUGAAUCUUCCGUUGUGUCCACACAGUUGUCACCGCUGGCGUUAAUCAGAAUGAACCGUUCUGACCGUUCUCUGCAAGGUGGAACUCCGGCCGGGUCGCCACGUUGAAAGUGGAGCGGUGACCCGGUCGUCCUAUCUACUGUACUGUUGUCCAUGUUUGCGUGUCCUCGUGGCAGCGCUGUUCCUGUUUUUGUCGCCGAUCGGUCGCUCGGGGAUGGUUUCGUGUUUCCAUUCAAAUCGCUGCCAAUCCCUGGGCCCGCCUUCGACUUCCAGCCUCGCUCGGUCUCCCGGGGUUUUCUGGGUUAAAUGUUGUAAACAGGCUCUGUGUAAAUGUCUAUAAAUAUAUUUUUUGUAUGUAUGCCUUUCCUAAUGAUCUGGAGAAGAUAGAUGUUAUUUUUAUAUAUUGCAGCGGAUGUUUUGUAAGUAUUUUAUACUUUUGAUAUGGUUCUCUGUAAAACAAGAGUAUUAUGUAAAUAUAGUUCUUUAGAAAGCUG